CACUCAUUCAUGUGCUCACUUUCGGCUUUUCGAUUUAGUAAAUUCCUGAUUUAGGAAAUUUUUAUUUUCACUCUGGUCUUGUUAAAAACACUAAAAUUGCUUCCUGUAAAGGCAAGCAAUUUUACAGUGUUCGAUUCAUGUAAAACUGUUUCAAUUUUGCGACAGAACAGAACGUCUCGAGCUUCCUGAUUGUUUUUGACGGUAUGGGUUCGAUAAUAGUUCCCAGAUCGUUACGACGAGCAUUUUUAUUUCCUGGUGGAAGAAAGCCAUGUAACAUUUUUGGGACGUGUCAAAAAAGUGUAAAAUACUAUUCAGAUAUUGCAACUAAGCCGGACACUGUCAGCGAUAAUUCGGCGAUAGGUGAAAGAAAACUGGACCCUUUCGGUAUUGAAGAUAUCAGUGAUAACAACUCCAACCUUCUGGUACAAGGAUUUUAUGAACGGAAUUUGGACGACAAUAAGCCCAAAGACGUCCAAACGCCCAAAGAUACAGCGUCAGAAAAAACAGACUCUCCUAAUGCAAAAAAAUAUGAAGGCUGGCUUCAUGCACGAGCAGUGGCCAAUGUCCGUGAGAAAACGUUGUUAGGUGCGGAAACCUUUAGGAUUUCGUCUUUUGGAGGUACAAUGCGGCUGGACUCUGAUAAUAUUGUCGAAGAACACGGUCAAUUUGAUGAGCACGUUAAUGCACAAAGAUCUCAGAGUAACUUGGACAAACGACGACGAAGAGAAAAGGAAAAUUACGGUCCAGAUCCUAAAUCAAUGCUGGCAGGAGAUUUCGUAAAGAAAUUUAAGCAAGAGACGAGUGAAGAAAUAAAAAAUAGCAAGAGACAAUCGGUCGUGAUCGACAAACCACAACGCCGUUCCGAGCUAAAACCUGAUUUACAAACCGAGCAAGAAAAAUUUGUCAAAGUAUGGGGCCCGGAUGGCAUAGAUUCCAACCAUGUUCCAAAAAUUUACCAAUUACCACUCUACAACAAAUUAACUCAGGACGAAAUGUGGAGGACUUUACUGAAACGGACCGUAAUAUUUCAAAAUGAAUACAUAUUUGCAAUCAACAAACCUUCCGGCGUUCCCAUUCAUAGCCCGUCGUUGGAUUGUCGUCAUUACAUUACGCAAUUUUUAAGUAGAUUCGCUAAACUGGCAAAUGUUGAAAAUAUUUUCCCCCUUCAUCGCCUCGAUAAGGAAACGUCGGGAGUUCUCCUGUUCGCCAAGGAUGCCCGAAUUGCCAAAUAUAUUACGGAAAAAUUCGGCCAGCGACAAAUUGAGAAGAAGUAUCUAGCAGUGACCAAGAGCUGUCCACAAGUUGAAGACGGAACUAUCAAUAUACCUAUAGGCCAAGGGAAAAUUGGUCCAACAACGAAAUAUCGGUCCGUCCUGAAACCUGAUUUAAGAGAAUAUGAUAUCCACACAAAACAGAAACAAUGCCGAGAAGCAAUUACACAUUUUAAAGUCUUAAACUCAAUUAAAGAAGCGGCCUUUGUGGAAGUCAGGAUUGAAACUGGCGUCCAACAUCAAAUUCGAAUCCACUUUGGACUUGGGCUGGGCUGUCCUAUUAUUGGAGAUCAUAAAUAUUCUCACCGAGAUAGAAUGGCUCCUCAACGCUUACAUCCGCACCUCCUCCACAUGAUUAAAGUUAGACAGAGUAAAGUUAGAGAGCUACCGUUGCACUUGCACUGUAACUCAAUCUCGUUUGCACUUCCGGAUGGUGCGUCGGAUAGUUCGGAACCGGUUUAUGUGCACGCUCACGUCCCCGCAUUUUUCAACCAUACCCUUCGAGCGAUAGGUUUAAAGAAGUAAUAAUUGAGUGUUAUAUAUUUAUUAUUUGUUUAGCAUUUGAUAUUGUAGCAGAUAUUUGAUCUUGACCUUGAUUAAUUACUUUUGUUAUGACUAAUUUGUAUAGGAUCUCUGAAUAAAUUCAAGUCAUGCACAUUUAA